CAUGUCAAGCACAACACAUAGUUUGUGGAGAAAGCCAGAGAAACUGAUGCAUUUGUGAGUUGUCUUGAAGAAGAAAUGACGGAAGAUAGUAGGACAUGCUGGUUUCAGUAUGCUUUUCUGUCGAACCAUGUGAAAGCCGAGUAUGAUGAUAAUAUCUGUGUCGUUGGUGUAUUUGGAAAGAGCCACCGCUCCAAGGGUUUGAUGUUAAAUGAUGUCAUCAACACCAAUAAGUUCCAGCACAUUAAGGAUCAGAGAGGUAUCAGCCAAAAGGACACGGAUGUUGAAAAUUGUAAUAUUGAGUGUCACUACGAUGCAGAGCAUAAAGUCCUCUAUCUGCAUCUCGUGUCCUUUUACGACACGCCCAUCCUAUCACGUCUCUGCAGACAAAUGCAACACAACCUGUCCAAUGCAGAUUGUCAUGCGUACUGGAAGGACCACAGUACAAGCCACGCCAGGGCCCUACUCUUCAUGUUCUCAGUUUGUCAUAUCAUGAUGGUUGUUCAUCCCAAGAACACUUUUGACAUCAGUUACCUGCAGCUAUUUAGAGCUCUGGAGAGUUUGAGGGAGAAGUUAGUUCCCACAGUCACAAACCUCCUCAAGGAGACUCAAGUGAGUAAGGAGCUUAAAAAUAAUGGCCGUCUCUGCACGCCGAGGUUGCUCUUCAUUUGCCAACAGACUGACAUGGCGGAAGAUGAGUUAAACUCAAAUACUUCUGUCUCUUUCUUAAAGUCCAAAUACAAGAGAUGGUCUCCACGUAAGCUUCUACAACAUUCACUUGAAGAUCAGAUUUAUAGAUUGCUUCGCAAAAGUCGUAUCUUGACCAAUAAUUUAUCUCACUGUCUCUUCACUGUUCCUGGGAACCAGGCUUUUGUGUAUUUUUUGGACCAGCAGUGUCAGGCCACGGACCCAUUAGAGCUGUUAAUAUCAGAACUAAACAAGAAUUUCCCUGCCUUUCGGAAAGAUUCCAAGACGCAGCAGGGAUCAUCCUUUCCAUCACCAACAUCAACACCAUCCACUCAGUUCCAGAUCUUUACUGACUCUCUACCCUCUUUAGAGGAGACUAGCAGCUCGAGUGACCUCAGGUCGUUUCUAUGGGAUCACACCAGUAUGGUGCUUGAUGGGAAGGGAUUCGAUGAAGGGUUGGGACGAGGGUCAUCUACAUCACAACUUGAGCCCCUGAGCUUCAACAAAUGGCACGAUGUGUCCAGUAAACUCUACGACUUCUUCAUGUCGGAUUCCACUGAACCAAAGGUCAUAGGUCACUUCAAUGCCAUGACCUCUGCCCUUGACCUGGACAUGCGUUUCUCGGAGGCGCGAUGUAACAAGGUGCUCCCCAUAGCAACCAGGACGUAUCAAGAGGGUGCACCAUCUCAUUAUACCAGCACAGUCCAUGGUAGCAGGUUAGCACAAGCCAUGAAGGUUUUCUCUCAGCACGCUCGUGGACCAGCGUUCGAGAAGUACGCUAACCAGCUACAGGCCGAGUGCCAGCUCUUCUGGCAGAGUGGACGUCAACUCUGUGAAGUGGUCAGUUUCACCGGUCAUCAUUGCAUUCAUAAGCUUCAUCUCUUACCGGAGAGUGUGAGCGACCCUGAGCGAGAGGCCAUCAUACCAAUAAUUCCUCACACCAAUAAUAACCGCACCCCAUGUGCUUGUAACUGUGGGAAGACGGUGACGCAACGAGACGAUCCAUUCACCCUCAAGCUUGCCAACUACGACUUCUUCCACGGAAUGGAAGAUCGAUGCUGCAGUAAGCUGAGACAUCACAAGUUCCUGCUGUAUGAACCGAUACGCCGUGAUUCCAAGAUACUGCUGGCCAUGGCAACCCAAGAGCAGUCCAAGGGUUGGGAGAAGGAGGGGGGCGUCAAACCUGAGAACAAGGAGGAUACACUGGGCAAGAUGUCGACGGAGAAGUUAAAGAAUGAUUCCGCUGCGAGUGUUCCGAACACCUUCAGCCCAGCUCUAAGUCUCGGCCAGUCAGGUGACAUGCUAUCACAUGAUGCACACAGUGGGUUGCCAGGCAACAGCUGCACUGCUAGUCUACUCAGCACGGGCGACGGAGCACAGGAAACCAGUAGAGAGAAACGCCAGUACUUGAGAGAGACGUCAACGGCGGAGUAUCUUCAGGGCAUGAUGUGCUCAACCUCCCCAAGAAGCUUACUGCCUCUCUUCUCGUCCUGGUCUUUAUUAUGUCUUGGGAAAGCUUCCUCAUACAACCCCAGCAAAGGACUUGACCAGCCGGGUUUCCUUAGGGAUUCCAACUUCCUACUUCCAUGGGAUAUUCCAAUUCCCAAAGGAAGUGCACUGGAUCCAUCGUGGCCUGUACCAAGUGAGUCUGCCAGCGGGGGUGGCCGUAAAGGUGGCAAACACCGCGACAAGAGGGGACACAAAGACGCUAACAGUGAUCCCAGCAUACGUGCUUACAUAGGUAACGAGUACGAAUGCCCACGAGGGCACAGAUUCAUCUGCUCCGGCCCGGAUAAGAUCGUGAAGGCAACCAGUAGCGGCAUUGUGAAGGAUACCGGUACAAAGCUGGUAACCUCUGACAUGCCGCUGUACCAUCCAUGCCCUUGUAGGUCUACCAAGCCGCCCCUUGGCCAGCUGAUGCGGGCCUUUGUUGUCACCCCAGAUGUACCCCUCUACAUCAAGCUGAACCCUCGUCUGAGGCCUGGCCCCCACCCCUGCCCUAUCUUCCAUCCGGGUGUCUCAGAAGAUGGAAUUACGCUCUCUGGUAACAGCUUGUGGGUCCUGAGGUUCCCUUAUGUUUACGUUGAUGAAAAUGGCCCCAUCCUGCCCCCGACUGACAACCAACCCCCUCCCUCAGCCAAACUCCUACGGGGUAUGUAUCUGACAUCAGCACAGAAGCCCCCCGACUCCUGAAAGAAGACAAUCUGGAGCUCUUGAAGAAAUCUGCUUCUUCUGAGUCGUUGAGAUGGCCCCUCACAGUUAACAAAACAUCUGACGAAUUUGCCUUUGUUUUCUCUCUCAACCCUUGUGAGGGUUUCGUGUCCAUCGACUGCAAUGUGAACAGCAGCGAAACACUGAUGAAGAGAGAGAAGUCUGGGCUUCUCCGCUCAAGCCGACAAAGAUUUUGGAUUGGUCUCAUGGCAUGUGGAGAAGUCUUCCCCAACCAGCGUUCCCCCAUGCCUAUUCAAACAUGAGCCAUCUAGCAUCGCUACUUUCAGUAAGCACUGAGCUCAUUUUUUGGCCAGUGUCACAUCUCGCUGUGAAGGUUCGCAUUGAAGGAAAUACUAAUAAGAAAAAUUUUUUUUUCGUUUUGUGUCAUCUAUGAGAUAUUUCUUUGACAUCUACAUAUUAUAAAUAAAAACAGGCACCCCCCGAACAAAGAUAUUGACAAAUUUGG